AUGGAGGUCGCUGUGGAAUUGGAACCGGAAAUCAAGGAUCUGGGCUGUUUAGAACGCACACAGGACGAGGUUUCUUCCGAGCACCACACGCCGCCACUCAUAGGAAAGGUUAUUGAAAUCACAAAGCCACUAUAUGAAACGGUUUUACCGGCAGAGCCUACACAGGAUCACCGACUGCGGAGGGAACCGCCAUCACAACAUUCUCCACGACCUCCGCCUCAGGAAAUUGCUUUGUUGCCCAGACGUUCCAUAGCUGUCCCAGCUCAAGGGGUCACUCUGUCUCCGCAGGUGUCUCCACCUCCUCCACCUCAAAGAACGCAUGUAUCAGCGCGGAUUUCUCCGACAGCUCCUCAUCAAUCAUCUUUUAAAGAAGCGAUCACCUUCACCUCUUCUCAGAAAGGUUAUGCCAACGUCAUCAGUGAAGCAUGCCACCCGUCUUUCACACGACCAACCCGCCUCCAAGCAGGUCCAUCCUGUGGAGGGGCGGAGUUCCGUGAGCAGUACGUUAGAGCGUCGUUACAGCAAACAGGCAAUUUUUUUAUUUUGUGUUGA